GCGGGCGCGGCCCCGCCCCGGCGGGAGGAGUCCCGCUGGGAACGGGGUGUCCCGCUGGGAAGGCGGUGUCCCGCCGCGGGCACCCCGGGCUCCGGAGAAAUGCCCCUGUUUUUCAGCCGAGGCUCCAGGCCUCACAGGACGGAGCUGUACGAGGACCCCCCGUUGGGAUGCUGGCCCAUUGUGUAUUCCCCAGACUACAACAUCACCUUCAUGGGACUUGAGAAGCUGCACCCCUUUGAUGCAGGGAAAUGGGGGAAAGUCAUCAAUUUCUUGAAAGAAGAAAAACUAAUUGCAGAUGACUUGAUUGUGCAGGCACGGGAGGCGACUGAUGAAGAUCUCUUGGUUGUUCACACCAGGCGCUACCUUAAUAAAUUAAAGUGGUCAUUUGUUGUGGCUACAAUCACAGAAAUUCCACCAGUUGCCUUUCUUCCCAAUUUCAUUGUUCAGAGAAAAGUUCUGAAACCUCUACGAACCCAGACAGGAGGAACAAUAAUGUGCUGCCAUGCCAGAUACAGGAACAGGGUUUAUUGCAGAUCCUCGAUGUCAAAGGCAGGAAAGCUUGCUGUGGAUAGAGGCUGGGCCAUCAAUGUGGGGGGUGGUUUCCAUCACUGCUCCAGUGACAAAGGGGGAGGAUUUUGUGCAUAUGCUGACAUCACACUGGCCAUCAAGUUCUUAUUUGAGAGAGUACAAGGAGUGUCUAGAGCCACAAUUAUUGAUCUGGAUGCCCAUCAGGGAAAUGGCCAUGAGAGGGACUUUAUGGAUGAUCCUCGGGUUUAUAUUAUGGAUGCAUACAAUAGAUAUAUUUACCCUGGUGAUGGUUUUGCUAAACGUGCCAUAAAACGCAAAGUGGAACUGGAGUGGGGCACAGAGGACACCGAGUACCUGCAGAAGGUGCACACCCACGUGGAGGGAGCCCUGAAUGAAUUCAAGCCUGACAUCGUUGUUUACAAUGCUGGCACUGACAUUCUGGACGGGGAUCCCCUGGGAGGCCUGGCCAUUUCCCCCCAGGGCAUUGUGAAGAGGGACGAGGUGGUGUUCAGGGCUGCCAGGAGCCGCGGGGUCCCCGUGCUGAUGGUGACAUCCGGGGGGUACCAGAAGAGGACGGCGCGGAUCAUCGCCGACUCCAUCCUCAACCUGCACAGCCUGGGGCUCCUGGGCAGGGAGCGCCCAGCCUGUGCUCUUGGGAGUCCCAGCCUGGCUCACAUGGUCAGAGACUCUGCCAGGGACUUCAGCAACUUGUCACUGCAGUGACAGGUCACUGAAUGUUGGUCACAUAACCCAGAGGCAAUACAGAGUAACUCUGUCUGUCUCAUGAAUUUAUCUUGAGCUAAGGCAACACAUCCUUUUAAACUAAUUGAAAUAUGCACUGAAGGAUACUGUCUUUGUUUCUAAUAUUGCUGUAGAAAGCUUAAUUUGCUUCUCUGAUUAAAGAAGUAUAGAUAUGGGGUGGGGGGGUGUCUUAUGUUGGAAGAACUAUGCAGUUGGUAUCCAAAGACUAUCCCAGACCUGUUUCAGAUGGUGCAGCAUGGUCUGAGGUGGGAGGAAUAUGGACUAAAGCUACUGUUUUGUGGGGUUUUUAAAAUACUGCAGUUUAUUUAUUGCUUUUUAAAUUGAAAUACUGUUAUAAAACGAGUUCUGUGCAGACUUCAGCUGUCAGUUUAACACUAAAGGGAAGUGCAAUACUGUAAAAGCCAGGGCAGUUUGUUUAGGCUUUGAAGCCAAAGCAGUGAGAAGGAAUGUUUAGUAAAUUCAUAGUUUAUUCCUGUUGUUGAUAGUGACUUAAAUGUUGCUCAUAAACACCUUGUGAAAUAGAAUAUGAAACACCUUUGGCUCCAUAUGCAAAUGAGCCAUAAGGGCUCACCAUUACCAGUCUGGUGUUCCAAAUGAGCUCUGCAUGUGACAGGCAGUAGUUCCUGUGCACUGUAACUCACAGAUAGAGAAACUACAGUCCAGUGAAAGCUGAUCUUACAGUUCUCAGCAACCCUGCAGAAAAAACUAUGCAGAAAUAUAGGCUGUCUUAUUAUUGCCAGCUUGCCAUGUAUUAAACAGUGAGGAGUAGAUUUAAAUUAUUUUUCCCCAGCUACUGCUGUUUUUCACUGGCUCAGAGAUCAAUGGUACUUCUAGUUGCAGUCAUAGUUGGUAAGCAAGUCCUUCAUUUUUCUUGUUCAUCGAGGAAUGCAGUGACAUUUCUACAUAAAGAUAAUGUGCUAACUUUAUAUGGAGCUUUUAGGAGGAAUUUGGAACAAAAUAGUGUAUUCAAAGCAAAUUCAGUUGCACUACCUGGGAAGUUUGGCUUUGUUCAAGUUGGUAUAUUUUGCAUUAGGUACUAUUUGUAGCAGUGGGUUGUAAAUGUACUAAACUGUAUAUUUUGCAAGAGCUUUUAUAACUUUCACUGAUUUGUACUACAAGUUUUAUGUUGUGUUUAGGUUGGUGCUGUCCUGUGAGGGAGCACCAGGAUUUUCCUUGUAGUAGAGUUGUUGUGUAAACUGUUUAAGGAAUGUUUAAUUCUAUUUCUAAUACUUACCUCAUUUAGUAUUCAUGUUUAGAUCAUGGGGUUUGUCCAUUGUAUGAAUUGCACAACUGCUGUAAAUACCUGCUUUAAGCCAGAUCUGACCUAUUGCACUAAGCUUGAGUUGCUACACUGGGAUUAAAGAGCACUUUUAAAUUUCUUACUAGAAGGACCAUCAGAGUAUGACUAAGGUUGAGAUUUAUUUUUUCUAUACUGUUUGACAUUACUGAAAGAUGUUGUUAUUCUUUCAUAUAAUUUUUAUAAAAUUCUAGAUUACAUUUCUAUGAACUAAACCCCCAUCAUAGCACCAUAUGGUCUUUCCCCAAACAUUUGCUGUCUGUGUUAACAUGUUUCUAUAAUUUCCCCUCAGUGGAGAUUAAAAUUAUGUUGGAAAAU